AAAAGAACUUCCUUGAGAAAGAAACAAUCCCAGCAUGCCUAUAUCUUCACUGUUUUAGAUUCCCUGUGCAUGGUACCAGAAUCUGAGAGAUAGAUUGUCUCCUAACUUUGUUCCAGCAUUAAUCCCAGAGUGAGCAUAUUAUAUGAGUAUGCAUUGAGUAUUUUUAACAGAUAUUUUUCAUACAAGAUGAGGAAAUGAUUUGAAGCUAUUUUUUUUCUCACAAAGGACUCAUAAAAUAUGAUCUGUUAAAGCAAUGGCCACAGAGCUUUCAUCUAAGUGUGAGUGCCCCAGCUGUCUGGAAUGUAGUCAGAGUGAGUCUGACUGGAAUUUCUCUUCCAGGAAGAGAGGUGAUGGCUCUUCAUACUCAAGAUUAAGUAAGAAAUCCACACUCUCUCCCAUCAUGCAACGUUUUCUUUCUCAGUGUUGCUCUAAUGAGUUCGAGACCGCUAACAAGGAAGACUUCACGUUUCUCACUUCAGAGGAGGAAAGUUCUGUGGACUUCUCUCAAAUACAAAAUCUCAGCCAGACAUCAAAGAAGACCAGACCACUGAGAGAGCUGACUAUCCAAGAACUACUGAGAAAGUUUGGAGACCAUGGGAAGCUCCCACCACAUUCACUGUCCUUGAGCCAUUUUAGAGACCAUGUAGUUGUGAAGUUUAGAAGAGCUCUGUACUAUUCUGGAGUCUGGGUAAAAUAUGUCCAGGGCUCUGGACUGAAAAGACACUUUUCAGCUCAAUAUUUUAAGAGAAAUCCCAGCAGCCUGCACCGGCUGAUUCCCUGGCUGAAACGGGAACUCACAGCUGUCUGUGGAGACUAUGGCUACACAGUAAAGAAUAUUCUGACUGCCAUUCUCCAUCACAUGACAAAAUUUAACUUGGACAGUGAAUCUUUCACUCACCUACUGGAGCCUUAUCUCCUCCAAUACACUCGGCAUUUUCUACAUGAGUUUAUCAGUUUUGUUUAUUCAUCUUACAACAUGGAGACCUAUGACUGCAACGCCAUCUAUCAGUGUCCUGUUUCAACAUGGGUGAAAAAGAAGAACACUGUUUCAGCUCCAGCCUUGUCUCCACCAGAGGAUCUCUCCUUCAUGAAAUCUCAACAAGGCAUAAAACAGUCCAAGGGGAGCUGGAGUAAGACAGGGCAAAGCUCUGACUCUGGCUUGAAACACUUUCCAAAGGGCCAUUCCUCAAAAAACUCCCAAAUCUCAACAACCCAUCAGAACACGGCAAACGAACGCCCUGUCUGGACCAAAGAUGAGUGGGGAUCAGAUGAUUUCAAAGACGUGGUUUGUACUACAAAUUCACUGAAUUGGGCUAAUCUCGGGGAAAGCAGGUCACACACAGAGUGUUACAGAAAUGAUAAUCAAGAGAAAAAGUCAGAAAGCACAAAGCUGCUUCAUGGCCAUGUCCAGGAUCUAAAGAGGCCUGAAACAAGUCCACACACCUUUAGAGCACUGGUGGAUUCUAAUCGGGCACCCCCCAAAAAGUACAAUAUAAGGGAAACAAAUGUUUUGAAUCCUGGCCAACAGGUACAUGAUCAGAGAAAAGAAGCAGAGAAAAAGAAGCUUGAAGAAGCUGCACUAAAGGCUUUUCAAAGAUUUCCCAGAGAAAGACCCUUGAUAAACAGCAAAUUCAGAGACAGGGAUCAUUCUUGUCAUUGUGUCUCAGAAGAUAGCAACUCCCCUAUUACAAAUGAUAAGAUGCUGGCUUCUACUAAAAAAAAACCGGUAAGCUGCAGCCAGUCCUCCCAAUGUGUAGAAGUUGGUUCACACCACAGUAGAAAAACCCAAAGGCAAUACAGUCCCAGGACACCCAGAUCCAAAUCCUGGUGUGACAGACCCAUUAGCAGAGGUCAGAGUAAUAUCUCUCUGAGGGAAAGUCACAGAAGCAAGUACUGUGGGCUGUCAAAAAGAAGUGCUCAUGGCUAUGAAUCAACCUACAGGGUGGCAUCUUUGAGCCCAGUCCACCGCGUCCAAGCUUGUUUAACAGAUAGAAAGAGUUGUAAAUGUGCAUCUAAAGGAGAAGGUGAAUCUCAAACUGGAGGACAUUGUGACAGUCUCUCAUACCUACGGACUGAGAAAUGUCAGGCUCCAAAUAAGCAGAAUAUGAAGGAGAAACACCUAGUUGGUAGAGUUAGGAGAAUCAGAACACUUAGGCACAAAAAACCCAAAUACCAGUGUGUGGGUACUCAAACCACAGCAGAGCUCAGUGAUGACUUGGAGGAUGUCAAUAAUAAAAGCCAAGAAUGAGUUGUAUUCUGAAUGUAUGACUUCCUGCAGAAAGUAAAUUUUAAAAAAGAAAGGAAUCCAAGACUUCAGAACCUUCUAGCCAAGAAUGAAUCUAAAAUAUAUAUCAUCAGAAGCAUAAAGAUCUAAGUGGUUUCGAAAGGCAAAUUAGUCUACUUAGCCACCAAAGCUCAUUGAGAGUGUGGAUUUAAUCUGAAAUGCACGAAAAUAUUUAUCAUACCAUUCUGCAACUAGAACAAACUAUCUGAUGAUUAAAUUCAAAGCGCUUUUUGUGCACAAAUAUACAUUAUUAAAUUGUUCAUGU